UCUUCAGGGAAGUUCAUCUAACAGCCAACAACCAUGAAGAUUCUUAGUUACCUCCUGGCUUACCGAAGGUUUCUGCUCAUUGUCCUCACCCCACUACUUUUACUUCCACUUCCACUUAUCAUCAAAACCAAAGAAGCAGAAUGUGCAUACACAUUGUUUGUAGUUGCCAUCUUUUGGCUCACAGAAGCUUUGCCACUGGCUGUUUCAGCUUUGAUCCCUGCCUUUAUGUUCCCAUUGUUUGGUAUAAUGUCAUCUAAGCAGGUAGCAUCUGCUUAUUUUAAAGACUUUCAUCUGCUGCUGAUUGGAGUAAUUUGUUUGGCAACGUCAAUAGAAAAAUGGAAUCUUCACAAGAGAGUGGCUUUAAAAAUGGUGAUGCUGGUGGGUGUCAACCCUGCAUGGCUUACUCUGGGUUUCAUGGUUAGCUGUGCUUUCCUGUCGAUGUGGCUCAGCAACACCUCUGCUGCUGCCAUGGUGAUGCCAAUUGUGGAAGCUGUAGCUCAGCAGAUCAUCAGAGCGGAAGCAGAAGCUGAUGAGCUGGAGAUGUCCUGCUGCAAUGGCUCCACCAACCCAGCGCUGGAGCUGGACGAAAAUAUAGGUGAACAAGAAAACCCAGAUUGGAAAGAGAAAGAAAAACAAGUUAAUGGAUGUAACAACAAUGUGGGUAGUACUGUAUGCCCAGUUGAAAAGGAAAAUGAAAAAGGAAAUGAACAGCAGAACCUACCACCUGCUGAAGCAGAGAGAAAAAGCAGAAAGGACAAAUACAGUGGGAUUUUCAAAGUGAUGUGCUUAUGUGUGGCUUACUCUGCUACCAUUGGAGGACUGACCACAAUCACAGGAACAUCGACUAAUCUGAUUUUUACAGAGCACUUCAAUUCACGUUACCCAAAAUGCCAGUGCAUCAAUUUUGGAUCCUGGUUUAUCCUUUCCAUCCCCAUUGCAGUUACUAUUCUUCUGCUCUGCUGGGUCUGGCUCCAGUGGCUUUUCCUUGGGUUUGAUUUUAAAAACAUGUUCAAGUGUGGCAAGAAGAAAACAGCUAGAGAAAAGGCCUCAUCACAGGUGAUUCAGGAGGAGUACAAGAAACUGGGACCAAUUAGCUACCCAGAAACUGUUACACUUGUCCUGUUCAUUCUAAUGACCCUCCUGUGGUUCACCAGAGAUCCUGGCUUCAUCCCAGGAUGGUCUUCACUUUUCCCAAAGUAUAAAAGCUACAUUACGGAUUCAACAGCUGCCUUAGUGAUAGGCCUCCUGUUCUUUAUUAUUCCAGCAAAAACAUUGUCCAGGACAUCGAAUGGAGAAAACACUGUUUUUGGUUACAUUCCACUGAUUACUUGGAAGGAAUUUCAGUCAUGCAUGCCCUGGGAAAUAGCUGUUCUUGUUGGUGGUGGGUUUGCACUGGCAGACGGCUGCGAGGUUUCAAAACUUUCUGAGUGGGUAGCAAGUAAAUUGACCCCUCUAGGAUCAUUACCCUUGUGGCUGAUUAUCCUGAUAUCCUGCCUUAUUGUCACUUCAGUAACAGAAGUAGCCAGCAAUCCAGCUACUAUCACAAUCUUUUUGCCCAUACUAUCUCCUUUGGCUGAAGCCAUUCAUGUGAACCCACUUUUCAUUUUGAUACCAGCUACCUUGUGUACUUCCUUUGCAUUCCUGCUUCCUGUAGCAAACCCAGCCAAUGCCAUUGUGUUUUCAUAUGGUCAUUUAACUAUUAUGGACAUGGUGAAAGCUGGCUUGGGCAUUAACAUCAUCGGAGUUGCUGUAGUUAUGCUUGCAAUUAUGACGUGGAUAGUGCCUAUAUUUGAUCUCUAUACUUACCCAAGUUGGGCACCCAACAUUUCAUCUACAAAUGGCACAGGACUGUAAAUAAAAAAAAAAGUUUCUUUUCUUUUUUCUCACAUGUGGUGAGUCACUUAAAAUGCUUUCAGUCACCACAAUGAUAAGGAUCUACAUUACUAUAAAUGCUGUAUUUCGCAGUCCCAGAGACUGAUGAUCCAGUCUGAGAGUCUAAUCAGGAAGAGUGCUAGACUUUCUAAAGAUCAUAGUUAGAUCAGGUUUCUAAUCUAGUUCAGCUAGUCUGAAUUUUUAUAUCUUCAUGUUAUGAAGGAAAGAAAUAAAUGUGCGUAGCCAUUAUCACUGGCAAUUUGCCCCCAUUCUUAGGGUAGCAGAAUAAUGAAAUUUAGAUUUUACUAUUUCAAAUACAAAUUCUUGUUAUUACUUAUUUGGGGGUAGUCAGAGAGCAUGUUGGUUUCUGUUUUCUAGAUUCAAGCUGUUUGAAACAGUGUUGAUCACAAAAAAAAAAAAAAAAACAGGGAGGGGACUGUCUUGAACCCAUAGUUUACAGACCAGACAAAAAUGCACAAAAAAUGAAGAAGAGAGGCUUGAUCACUUACACAGCACUUUAUCUAUUAAGCACCUUGUGACCUGGAAGGAGUAUGCAUACUUAAGCAUAUGUUUAGCCUACAUUCCCCCAGGACCUCACUAAAAUAUGUUGUUGCUUUUGUAAAAAAAAAAAUAAAAUCUAUUUCUCUGGAUAGACAUAUGUUGAUAGAUCUGAGUUGAUCUGUACAAAUUGAUACUAAAUUAUCAUCAUACCUCUCUUCCAAAAGUAGAUAUAUCCCCUUGAGGAAUGACACCAGAAGAAAGUGAAGAUUUAACAAUCUGUCAAUCAAGUGCAUCUUUGCCAGGAGGCUCAUGAAUCUGCAGGACAGGUGUCAGUUUAAGGUUACUAGACUGUGUUAAUAUUGUAAUGUUUUAAACACAAAAGAGUGCAAUGUGGUCAGAAUGUAAGUUGGAGUUCAAAGGUAUCUUCAAAUAAUGAUGUGCUAUUGAUUGUUACGCAUUUUUCACCUAGAGACUACAGCCUUACCUGUUGUGAAGAUCUGUGAUAAUUUGUAAAAAAGCAUGGAAUUAGUAGUCUGAAUGUAGGCUGCAUGUAUUUAGAUUGGAUCAUGCCUUGGAACAUCUGUAUGAUAGUUGUAAGCAUCAAUCUGUCUUUUAAAGAUAGUGGCCAUUUUUCUUAACAACAACAACCAAAAAAUACUUUUGGUUUUUGAUUAAGGGUUUACACUUAUUUUUGGUAGUGCGUAUUUAGAGAUGUUAGUCAUGACUUCUGUAAUGCCAGAAUGCAGUGUAUAACAUUGUUGUAUAUGUAGUUUGUUUCCUGUAGCUAUUAGUUGCAGGUUCAGCUGCGGUGAAUUAUUAAAGAAGCACUUUUUCUUAAUGGUUCUUUGUAAGUAUUGAAGUAGGUAUUGGUGCAUGACACUGUGCUUUUAAGCCUGAUUGAGGCUAUCACAUUUUUUUUAUACAGUGGCAAAAUAGGUCUACGACCAUCACUGGGGCAGUCAGGAGCUGCCACUACACAAAUGUUUAUUGAUGCCCUGCUGUAAUGAUUAUAAUUACAGAUAUACAACACUUGGCUAAAUGAAGGCAGGUACCAGAGGAAAAUGCUGAUACAAGUAGCUAAUCCAAGAUACAAAUCCUGGAUUAUAUCAUCUGGCAUUUUCCCAGAACAAGUGCCGAGCAGGAGCUCCUGGGCUGUCAGGCCUUUGGUGUGCAGGCAUAGGGAGGAAGACUAGCAAAGAGAGCUCUUACUUUAAGGUAUCACCUUCCAAUUUUGUCAGUAAUUUCCCUAUUAUUCAAGAGCAGUGGAAACAGUGAAUCACAAUAUUUCAAGUGGGAAGGAUCUCAGAAGCAUCCAGUCUUGCUCAAAGCAAGGUUAUUACUCUGUUCACACCAGAUUGCUCAGGGGUUUGUCUAGUCCUCUUGAAACUCUCCAACAUGAAACAACCAUAUGCACAAUUUCCCUGACUAAUGUUCUCCAGUCUUUUACUGUCCUUGUGGUGAAAUAUUUUAUCUUUAAACAAAUGAGCAAACAUUAAUUUUAAGUUAACAGACUCAUUAUUCUCCCUUUUAUUUGGGAUAGAUUCUUUUCUGUUUGUAAAACUGUUUUAUUUUUGCUUUUACAUGAACCAUGGAAAAGGGAAAACAAUCCUCUUUGUGGCCUUAUGUUUACCAUUCCCACUGGAUGUGAUAUUUUUAAUCUCAACAGGUUUGCUCUGCAAAGCCUUACAAUCAUGUGGCAACUGUUGUUUAGCCAAAGGAAAUCUAUUAACUGCUUCUGAGCUGCCCCUGACUUUCAUUGAUUUUCCCAAUACAGAAUUGGCUGUUAUAACCUCAGCCUUGAAUAUGACAAUGAGAUCUACAGGGGUCUACAAGCCCACGUCUCCAUUAAAUCAGGCUUUGACAUCAGUGUUCUCUCUUCAACUUGCAUAUCUUCAUGGAAGGAAAAAACCAUGUUGCACCAGUUAGGAGAACUCUUGAGAAGCUGUAACUAGAACAAGUGAUACAAUUUUCAGUAAAGCUGAAGCUGUUUGUGCUGGUUGAUUUUUCAGCUGUUCAUUUUCUUUACUUUCUGGCUUAUUCAUAAAAUCAGUAUGACAACAAAGACCUGUCAUGUCUGAACCCUCACGUAAUUUAGAUCACAGUAUUUCCCGAAACUGUUUUUUCAGGUCAGAAAUUAUGGUUAAGUAUCUUAUUACACAAAAAAAGAGUAAAAUUGUUUGAUGAAGGAUGCAUUUUUAAAAACUGUUUUCACUAAAAUUGGUGUAUGCAGUGGAUAAUAUACAAAGAGACGAGGGAGAGAUUUGCAAAACUGGUCAUCUCUUGGACCUCAUGUUUUUAUAAUCUGUUGAAAUGAAACACUAUUAUAUAUAAAUUGACUUUUAGCAGCCAGCAUGUUGUGUCAUAAUGUACUAAAUUAGUGUCAAAAGUAAACGAUUAAGCAUGAUGUUUUUGGAGACCAUGUCCUGCAAGUAAGCCAGUUAUGAACAAUCAAGUUGCUAGUACUUGGAAAGUAGUGUCUCAGCAGGAUUUUUAACUUGUUUUGCCAAAAGUUUAAGGAAUGAGUCAGAUGUUGCAUUUGAGAUUAUUUGUUAUUAUUACUAACUUAUUUUUAAAGCUUUUAGGAAUGUUUUAAGUAAAAAUUAACAACCCUGCAGUGCAGGGAUUAAUAUUGAUAUUAUAUUCCCCACCUGAGAGCACUGAAAUGGAGGAAAAAUAAUUUCAGAGCAUGGCAAUCUGGGUACCCAAAGAGUGGAUUUAGUCUGGACUCCAGGCACAGACCACUAUGCUGAUCACCAGCAGAAACACACUCUUCAUAUGUUGCUAUUAUAUUCCUUGCUUUGACCCAAUUUGUAUUAGGAUAAAUGGUGGAAGUGCACCUAUAAUUAUUUUAAGAGUUGAUUAAUAUAUGACAUUAAUGAUUUGUGAUUUGCUUUGUUCAUAAUUUCCAUAUGAAAUUGGGCUUUUUCCUUUGAAUCAGAUGAGUCUCAUUAGUUUACUGGAAUAGUACAUAAGUAAUAAUUUUGACUUAUUAUUUAUUUGUGCUCUGAUUCCUGAUGAACUAAAAGGACCUUUGGCCAUGUACUUCGUUGGGGAUAUGUGCCAGGUCUUUGUUCUCCUUUCCUAUGGCUAUGCUAUACUUAGUGUAUUUUCACUUUAUUUUGGAAGAUGUGCAUUUAGAUUGCCAGAAACCACAAACCAUGUGUACCCUGGAAAAAUCUUGACUUUUCUAUUUUACAGUCAGGCAAUCAGAUCAAUCUUGCAUCAUAAAUCCCUUUAUGUACUUUUAAAUUGAAGCUACUGUGUUUGUUUGCUGCCAGGGUCUAGCUUGUUUAAAAUCAACCAGCCCAUAGCUCACUGAAGUGCAGUGCAGCACAGCAGCUCAGGAAGAGUGUAGCAAGAAAAAAAUCCCAGAUCUUACAACUCUGAUUAGGUGUAGAUACCAAACCACCUCACAUGUGAAUAACAACAAUAAAAACUGUCUUGCAUGUUAUGUGCAGCUGCUGGCAGGACUGGAAGGCUUCUGGUGAUCUCUUAGACAUCCAGAAGUCCUGCCCCCUCUCCUGCCCUGUCCUUGGCACUUUCUCUGAUGGUGACACCUUGCUGCCCUAGAGCACCUGAGGAUAUCCCCCAGUGGUCAGGCUGCACAUAUAUCAGAUCACUUUGCAGAUAUUAGUCAGAAAUGAUAACUGCAGUUAUCAGCUUAAUUCUUUGUCUCUGCAAACUUCAUUUGAUGGUUUAUGGUUUUAACAAUCACUUGAA